CUGUUAAAUCUGCCACGGUGGUGCGACAGCACGGGGGGACACGAGACCCAGCCCUGGAGGGAAGAGCGGGAUCAGACGGUAGAAGGAUUAGGACUGGUUUGCAGACGGGCUGGAAGUCUGGUCUCUGGUGCUAACGUUUGGAUAUGACGGCAUCAAGGCUUUCUACAUGUCUUUCCUGGGAGAUACGUGUGGAUACCAGUGGAAGGAGUUCCAGGGAGCCAAGUUGGCCUCCCUGUUUGGCCUGGACCACGCAGCGAGCCAGGGCAACGAGUCGUUCCAGUACACGGCCCCCAAACAGCCCAAGAAGGGCUCGGGUCCAGGGCCUGCCGGUCAGAAAGCAUCCCCGCCACCUGAAACCCCGGCAGUGUUGUUCGCCUCAGCAGUUCAAGCCUACAAAUACGUUGACGGGCAGUAUGUGAAGCAGGGGAAGCUGGGCGCGGCGGUGCUGGGCAGCAACAAAACCAACGAGUAUAAACUGCUUCUGUACAUGAGCCAACAGAAACAAGUGACAGCUGCCAAGAUUCAUGUUGGAUUUAUUCUCACGGUCCAGCCAAACAAUUACUGUACUUUUUAUGACGACCAGAGGCAGAACUGGUCCCUGAUGUUUCAGACGGAUAAAAUGGCAUCAGACUUUUGCAAAGAGGUCUGCUUGGCUAAAGCAAACAGCACAACCUCCUUAGAUGCUGUUGUGAUUCAAGAUCUGGUUCUCGGUGAGGGCCAAGCUGUGGAUGUUGGAGACUCUCUGGAGUUGGUGUAUACGGGCUGGCUGCUGCAGAAUCACGCCGUCGGAAAGAUGUUUGACUCCAACCAGAACAAAGACAAGCUGCUGCGACUUAAGAUUGGAGCCGGGAAAGUUAUCAAAGGAUGGGAGGAAGCAAUGCAAGGAAUGAAGAAGGCAGGCCAUCGUCUCGUCAUCAUCCCACCCGGUCUGGCUUAUGGAUCCAAGGGAGUCCCCAACCGAGUUCCAGCUAACAGCACUCUCAUCUUUGAGACGGAGCUUCGACGGGUGAAGUUUUCCAGAGACAGUGGUUGUGACGAGCCCCGGCCCAGCUCCAGAGACUCUGUUGCUCCGUCCCCAGCCUCCUCCCCGGCCCCCAGCGUGGAGAGUCUGGCUCCAGAUCACCUGGCACCCACAGCCACGUCCGGCCCCAGCAGACCCGGGGAGCCACCACUACACACAAAGUCCAACUCUCUGAGUGAACAGCUGGCGAAUCCAGAUGCCACUAAAGCCAAGCUCAUUUCUCGCAUGGCGAAGAUGGGUCAGCCCAUGCUGCCGUUUCUAGCCGGAGCUGCCGGCCAGCCUGAGUCCAGUGACUCUGAUCUGGAGGACUCUAGUGUUAGCAGAGCAAAUGAUUGUUCUGCACCUCCAUUUCUAGUACCGGUAACAGCUCCUUCUUCCGCUUCUGCACAUGUAUAUCCUCAUCCUCACACUGCUCCCACCUCUGCAUUACUUCCUGUCAUGACCCCUGUUGGCCCUCAGUCAGAGUUACCAAACCGUCAUGCUUUUCAGCCAUACUUUACAAAGACGCCUGCAGCUCCAGCUCACAUGCAGCCUGGGCAGGUUUACCCGGCACAGACCCUCCCAUACAUGGGUUCGGGGGAUAUGACCUCCUUUUUGAUCACCGAGGCGCGGCAGCACCAAACAGAGAUUAGGUUAGCUAUGGGUAAAGUAGCAGAUAAAGUGGAUCAGUUGACCUCCAAGAUUGAUGAUGAAAGGCACAGAAGUCAUUCCAUGAACCUGUCUAGUAUGUCAAUGGAAACAUCUAUGAUCAUGCACAAUAUUCAAAGAAUUGUUCAGGAGAAUGAAUGUUUGAAAAAAGAAGUAUUUGAGAAAAAUUCUCGCAUUGAGGAGCAAAACCAUAAGAUUGGAGAGCUCAUCAACCAGAACCAGAGGUAUAUGGAGCAGAGUCAUGUGUUGCUGGAACAGAGGAAUGACUCGCUCAAGUCCUGCAGUGAACAGAACCAGGCUAGGAUCCUUCAAGCUGAGCAGGACAAGGUUCAUCUGGCAGAGGAUUUGGCUUCAUCCACUGCACGGUAUUCUGAGCUUCAGCUUAAAUCUUCAGCUCACCAACAGAAGGCUCAGGAGCUGCAAAGUAAACUUAGCUUAGUUAUGCAAGACAAUGAGAACUACUGCCAACGGAUUACUGCCUUGGAGACACAGCUGGAAGAACUGAAGGACGCAGCAGAGAGGGCCCAGAAUCAGUACCGCUCAGAGAAGCAAAGGCGCAAAGAGAUGGAGCUAAGAGUAAACACCUCGGAAGAGGAGCUGCAAGACCUGAAAACUGAUAAAGAAAGCCUAGAGAGAGCGCAUUCAGAAAGAAAAGUGAAAUGGCAGGCAGAGCGUCUUCACUGGGAAGAAGUCCGGAACAACAGCCAGCAGGAGUUGGACGACCUCCGAGCUCAGCUCCGCAAGGCCCGGACCAGCAACCACGAUGCUGCAGCAGAACAGUCGUUUCAGCUGCAGGCGGAGCUGGAGAAAGACUGCAGAGGGAAGUAUGAGCAGAUGUUGGCCCUAGCUAAAGAAGAGCACAGCAAGGAUGUGGCUCAGUUAACAGAACAGAGAGAAGCUCUGCAGGACAAGCUCACCCGACUACAGGAACAGUUGCAAGAUUCUGAUGAACAGACUUUUCCUCAACACAUCAGGCAAUGUGACGAAUUGCAAGCUCUUCAAGAAAAAUGUGCAGCCCUGGAGCAGCAGGGAGCAGUGGAGAGGGAGAGGCUGCAGAGACGGGUGGCUGAACUAGAGGAGGCAGGAGAGCAGACGGGCUCAGGGAAUACGGCAGCAGAGGUGAAGCGUGUGAUGAACGGAGUGUUCCAUUCUCUGCGAGCAGAGUUCGACAGCAGUGAGAGUUACAGCGGCCAGGCCGUGCUGGGCGUGAUCAUCUCUACCAUUAAGAAUGUAACACUGCAACUACUUAGUGACACAGAUAGAUCUGCAUCAACACCAAGCAACGAGGAAAAGGAAGCAGAGGAGGAAGAAGAGGAAAGUGAGGAUGUGACACAAAGAGAAGAUACAUUCCACCAGAAAGUAGAUGUGAAUGGAGAGAUAGAAGUUAAAGAGGAAAUAAAGGAAGAUGAACAUGUGGAGGACUCCGGUUCGGCCCAGAUGAAUCAGGAAGUAGAAGUAGAGAGGGAGGCAGUAACGGAGUCACAGACACCAAGCAGGGCAGACGCAGCACCUGAGCUCCAAACAGUUUUUAGCCCUGAAGUUGAACCUGAGGAGCCGGAGAUGGAGCCGCAGACGGAGACGGAGACGGAGACGGAGACGGAGUCUGAGCUCCAGCAGCAGCAGGCAGCUCCUGACACUAACACAGAAAUAGAAGGCUUGAAAGAGGCUGUGGAUCCAGAUGACAGACUGGAGGAGCGUCGGUUGGCUGAGGAUGGACAGGAAAGAACUGCUGUGGAGACCAGGGAGGUAGAAGUAGAGCGUGGAAAGGAUGGAGAGAGUGCAGAAGAAAUAAGUGCUCCUUCUCAGAGACUCUUGGAACCGCCAGCUAACCCUCCUCCACCACCAGAUCCUCUCCAGAAGAGCUCCACCCAGGACAGGAGUGUUACUGAGGGAACUGGUAGGGAACCAACUCCUGCUGCAUCCACGAAGGAAGAUGAAGAUGAUGAAAUGAACUUGAAGGGGUGUCCUCCCCCGGCCCCGCUGUUUGGUGAAGAUGAAGACGAUGAUCUGGACUGGCUGAACUGACACGACCAGGACAGAGUCCGGCGGGCUGAUGCUUCAGCUCCGACUGCUGCUGCAACAUCUGUACAAACAAAACCACCAUUUCAGAAUCUAUUUUUAAUCAAAAUAACCAAUGACUUGAUCAGUGAAUCAAACUCCUUUUAAUAGAUUGUUGAGCUACAGUAAUCGUUUUCUUUUUCAUAGAUCUUGUGCACCGUGUCGCUAACAAGGAAACUGUGGCCUUUGUUUGUACUGAACAAAUAUAACUGUAGCGGCUAGUAAGUUUGAUUUUCUUUAGUAGUCUGAAAGUAAAUAUUUCAGUUACCAAAAAUGAUCUAUCUUUGAAUGAUUUUUUUUAAAUCAUUUUUAAGUUGCAGGUUUGAAGAAAAAAAAAAAAGAUUUCCAUUGGAAUAACUAGGGCUACAUUGACGUCAGCAGUGCUUCCGCUUCCAUACGUUAUAAUUCCUGAGGAGCAGCCCUGGGUUUAUUACCACGCAAAACAUUCAUCCAGUUUCAGAAAGAUUCUGUUCUGUUAUUGAGAGAGCUGAGAGUUCUAUGCAAAGUAGUCCACAAAUAAUCUAUCUUUGUUCCCCCAUUUUUUCAAUGUUAUUCUGAACAUUGUUAAAAGGCAAGCAGAGAAAAAAAAUAGAACAUUAUUUUGCAAUUUAAGAUGUUCACUGGAAUGAUGUUCUGUUUUGUGAUAUUUGUAAUUUACUGGAUACUGCCAAUACAAGCAUUGGUCUUUGUG